GGGGCGGGGCGGGGCGGGGCGGGGCGCGUAGGGCCACGCCCAUCACGGAGUCUUUAAAAGGUGGGGGCUCUGGGUUCGCCGCUGUUCGCGGACUCGCGGAGCUUUCCCAGGGGUCUGGCCUUGCCGCGGGUGGUGCGUGGUCCUGCCUCCGACUCGAAAUGCCCGUGUGGGGAGGUGGAAACAAGUGCGGGGCGUGUGGGAGGACCGUGUACCACGCAGAAGAGGUGCAGUGUGAUGGGAGAAGCUUCCACCGCUGCUGCUUUCUGUGCAUGGUUUGCAGGAAGAAUUUAGAUAGCACCACAGUGGCAAUUCACGAUGAAGAGAUCUACUGCAAAUCCUGCUAUGGAAAGAAGUAUGGGCCCAAAGGCUAUGGUUAUGGCCAGGGCGCUGGCACGCUCAACAUGGACCGGGGUGAGAGGCUGGGCAUCAAGCCAGAGAGUGUUCAACCUCAUAGGCCUACAACAAAUCCAAACACUUCUAAAUUUGCUCAGAAGUAUGGAGGUGCUGAGAAGUGUUCCCGAUGUGGGGAUUCCGUGUAUGCUGCUGAGAAGAUAAUCGGAGCUGGAAAGCCCUGGCACAAAAACUGUUUCCGGUGUGCCAAGUGUGGGAAGAGUCUUGAAUCAACAACUCUGACUGAGAAAGAAGGCGAAAUCUAUUGUAAAGGAUGCUACGCAAAGAACUUUGGGCCCAAGGGAUUUGGCUAUGGUCAAGGAGCAGGAGCCCUUGUUCAUGCUCAGUAAAGGCGUGACCCUGAGCUGACAUCAAACACGGAAAGUCUCUACAUGGCCUAGGCACAGAUAAUCUAACACUAAACUACUGUGAAAUCCUGCCGGCACUUACGUACUGUCUGUUGCCCCGUACACGGAUAGGCUGGCUGACUAGUGGGAAGAGAGCACUGUAUCCCUUUGCUUUUUAUUCCUCGGCAUUUUCAAGACGUGUUUCUUUUACAUUUUAAAUAAAACUUCAGCUGGA